UUAAAUCUCCGUCCUAAAAGUUUUCCGAGUGUACGAUCACUUUGCAUUUGCACGCUUUCCCCUCUAGAUGCUUUACGGCGUAGUGAUGCUGUGCCGUGACUGAAGAAGCAAUAAUUUGCAGAUCUUUCGCAAUCGCCGGGCUUCCACAAAAGAAAACACCGACACGUUCUCCGUCUGGAUUCGUCGUGUGAGCCUUCGCCAACGCCUUCUUGAAAAUCUUCUUCCAGUCAGGACGACCGGGAUGAAAGUACGGAUUGUGGUCGUGGACAGCCAUGGAAGACUCGACGUCGAUUCCUCUUCCCCGACUUGCCAUCAUCUUUUUGAUCAAGGUGCGUUCGGACGCCUUAUUGUUCUUUUCUCGAGUGCCAUAAAAUUCUAGCGAAAAGACAUCCGAGAGACCAAAUUCCAUGAUAUUGGGCAACAGGCACCUCGAGGCAAAUCGCAUGUUAGAAUACAUGCGAUUGAUUAGGAUUCCAUCGAUUGAACGGAUUUCAUUGACGUCGCUGUUACUAGUUUUUGCAUCGCUGGUGGAAAACCGCACCGAGUUGGAAUCACCUCUAGUUAGCGCUUUCUUCCUAUCGUUGGAACUAUCGUGUGGCUUCAAGAUCAGGUGGUAUGUGUGGAACACACGCAUUGCGUGCAAGGCGACGACCAGACCAAACACGACAAGAUAUGCGGUGUCCAUGAUCCUCAAGUUUUCCCCUUUCUCUGAGGUGAGGCUGUAGAUGGAAAGCCAAAGGGCGAAGCUAUCAACAAUGAUGAUACUGCACUCCAACCAACACUUAAGAAGCCUGAAAUACCAGGAGUAACCUAAUGCAAUCGUGGAUACGAUUACGGUUAUUCCGUGAACCACUAGGGCGAUCAAAGACAAUACAGCUCCUAAAACAUUUGCGGCCGUGUCGAAUCGAAACAGCUGGAGGGCAAUGGAAACUGCUUCUCCAGAAAUAAACAAGACAAAAAGGAUCAGCGAGAAUGUCAUGGAUUCCAGAAGCUUUUCCAAAUGGAGGCAGAAGGUGCGGAUCUUGUUGGCUUUAAGUACGUCCUCAGCCUCCCAGGGAUCGGGACAGCUCUUUCCCAUUAGACCUCGAAUACUAUUACCGAGACCGAGACUGUUCUCUCCGUAACCAAUUGCUCCUUUGUUUUGAAACAACGUGCUGCCAUUGAGCGCUUCUAUGAGACUUGGGCGAGGUUCGCGGCGGUUGAAUUUCCGAGGUGAUUCCUGGCACAUAGUUCUUCCUUUUUCCAUCAGGUACUUCCAAAUCGAUAGUAACGGGGUGACGCCCACACCGGAUCCAAUUACAACAAUGUGCUUGUACUCGAAGUAAUUCAUCGCCGGCGCACCGUGUGGGCCACGGAGUUGGAUUGUCACGGGCUUGGCACUUUUCUUCAGGUCGAAUGCUUUAGCGUAUUCGAAAAAGGCUUCGGUCCACCGCCCCGCGUUCUUGAUGCAGAAGACGAGUUUCUUCGGACUGUCGCCUUUAUCGCUAUCGUGCUCGUAGUCGUGCUCGUAGUCGUGCUCGUAGUCGUGCUCGUAAUUGGGGGCACUAGCAAUGGUGAACGGAUGCCAUUCCGAGCGGGAGACAGGAAUGAAUUUCAGUUCGGCAUACUGGCCCGGGCAGUACUUGAAAUUCUUCGGGCAUUCGAUCACCAAUUCUGUGAUUUGCUGCCCAUCAUCAUCAUGGGCCUUCCAUUUUAGAACCCGCACAGUCGUUGCGUUGUUUCGUCUCAUGAACACGUCAAAGAGAUAGAUGAACAAAGGAAGCAAAGAGACAUAGAAAAAAAGAGGAUGCCCCCUAUAGGUACCAUGGACAAUCAGCAAUGGGUAGACCAAAGCGAGCCCACCCAUGUGGAAGAACCAAAACCAUCGAAAGCCAGUGGUACUUUUCCGAAAGCACUUGAGAGUGGUUAGGAAGAAGGUGGAAAAGACUAUUGUAAGCAGAGUGCCCGUGAAAAGCAGCUGCUUCGUAGCAAAACCAUCUCCAAAGGUCCAGAAGCGGAUGCCGUCGUSGUCCAUACUGAUGGAUUUCGUGGCAUAGUUGACAAUUUGAGGCAGGGUAUGGAUGAUGCAUCCACAAACAAUGAUUGUCAACGCCACAUAACGGUGGUAUUUCGGCAUAAUGUUGUCGGUAAGGAAGGCAAUUGGGAUGACCGGGACGAUGUGCGACCGAACCAAUGUCCAUAAAUAUUUGCAGCCCGUUAGCAAGAGAAUGGCACAGUUCAUAGUCACCAGUCGUCCACCUGCGCGGGCAAUCGGUAGAGUAAUCCUGAGGAUGUCAUCAUCUGUUGUCCAUCCACCUACUUCCGUGAAUUGGUAGGCUCCGUGAGCCGCUACGAGGAAGUUGAAUACCAGGUAUAGAACACCCAGKAAGAUCCCCAUUCCAUGGUUGGUAGAGAAUACCUCGAUACGCUCAGCCUUUUGUUCGGUGGGGYUGUUGCUGAUUCGAAACCUAUCCGACUGUUUCACCAUAGCGAAACUCGYUCGGCGGUUGGUUGAUACAUCUGGAUCAGACACAUCGCCUUCGGUGAUUGGGGAGAGGUCGGAGAUAGUCAAGCUUUUGCGCCGCUCAUCAGAGGUGGCUGCGUUGACCGUGACUCGCUUUUCUACAGUGCCCGUCAUCGUGGCUCGUUUCUGCGAGAUACUCUUCGAUCUUSGUUUGAGAUUGGAGUCCGUGUCUCCAAGGCUUUGUUCCUAUAGAAAGAAAUUGAAGAUAAAGUU